GAGAGAGAGAGAGAGAGAGUGGGGAGUGGAUGAUGACAUAGAUGAGUAUAUAGCAGAGUAGAGGAUGGGUCACGGGGAGAUACCAUGAGCCACUUCCACAUACACGCGUUUUGGGUUCCUAUUUUCCAAAUCCAUUGCAAUCUUUCUAUGUAUGAAAUUACUGCUCCCUCCUUUUAGGGAUAAAUUUGAAGAAGGAGGCCUGAAAUAGAGGAGAGAAGGAGAAGUGGGGGAAGCAGAGAGUUGGUUAAUGCUGUGGAAUCCUCUUCAUCGAUUCAAUUUUGGGUGUGGGUCCAUCAGUAUCAUGGAUCUUGGAAACUCCUCCUUCAUCCCCUUCAUCUGCUGCUCCUCUCCUUCUUCCCCUUCCUGUUAUUAUUCCUCCUCAUCCACAUCCUCUUCGUCUUCUUCCUUGUCUUUUGGUAUUGGAAGUGACUACCCAGACCCCAACUCCAUGGCUGUAUCCCACAUCAACCGCACUUGCUCCGAAAUCACUGCGUCCUUAUAAUCGUCAUCUUUCUUCUCCCGUAUAUAAAUAAAUAAAGAAAGGGUUUUCUUUGUUGAGGAUGGCCGCCUCACUGUCCCUCUUGUGUGGUUUAGCAAUGACUAGUACUGCUACUCUUACUACUACUACUGCAGCUGCUUCAUCACCAAUGGCUUAUUCUCCAACAAUCAGGAAUAGGAAACAUUCAGCAACAAUGUUGCACGAGAGGAAGAGGAGGAAGAGCCUUUCCCCUCCAGUUGUUGGUGCAGCUGCUUCUGCUGUCCCACUUUUAAGGAGUAGGACAACAAGGGAUUCCUCCACUCCCAAUAUUUACCUGGAGGUUCUUAAGACUGCAAGGGAAAAGUUUACUCAGGAGAUCUCCUUCCAGUCCAAGGACAAGGACAUCUCUCUUGCAAAGGCUUUGUUGUAUAUUGCAGCUGAAGAUGAGGCAUACAUGGCUUUCAAUCGAGAGAUGGAUGCACUUUCAUGUCUAAAUGAACGGAAGGAUACGUUUGUCCCAUCUGAUGCCCAGGAGUGGGAUUGCUUGGAGACAAUGCCUUUGGCUCAUAAAAGCAUAUCUGAAUGGCUGCAUGAGUUGGAUGCCAUUGCCAAAGAGGUGGAAGCGGAGCUAGUUUCAAGGGAUAUAGGUUGCCAUUUAGUUGCAGUUUUGGAGGCAGUGAAUGUAGUUCUUUUCCAGUCAAGAGGCUUUAAAAGAUCAACUGUCCUUGUUGAUUCAAAGUGUUCAUACUUGCAUUCCGUACUAAACUCUGGCCGUGGCAGUGCAAUUUUGCUUAGCAUAAUCUAUAUUGAGGUGUGUCGAAGACUUGGUCUAACCAUUGUUGGAUCUCGAGUUGGGGAAGAUUUUCUGAUAUGGCCUCAAACAAGGAACCCUGAGGAGCUCUUCAAGGUGACUACAGGACACAACUUGUUUGCAAUUGUAAAUGGAAGGUGUGUGGAGGACCCUAGAUCAAAGGCCUCGGAUGUAAAUAGCAGUUCGCUUUUGGGGCUUGAUAUUGCUACAAACAGAGACAUUAUUGGCAUUGCUUUAGCAAAUUUGAUCAGGCUUCACUGGAAACGUGCUUCAAGAACGAAUCAUGGAUUGAUGCUGACUUCUCCACUUAGGCCUGUUCAUGAUGCUACUGAAAAACAUAGUGUGAUGGAUGGCUCCAAUGUUCAUUUGUUGCGGCCUCAAGAUCUGAGGUUGGCUAUCAUGGCUUCAGAGAGAUUGCUGAUUCUGCAGCCACAUAAUUGGGCCCUGAGGAGAGACCAUGGGAUGAUGUUGUAUUACAAUAGGGAGUACAGCUCUGCAGUCCAAGAGCUCAGCAUUUGCAUGGCCUUUGCGCCAGAAGAAGAAGCAGAAGUUUUAGAACCCUUUGUUGAGAAGUUGCAUUUGUUACGGCUUGAAUCAUCAUGGGAGUCUUUGGGACAUACAGGUCGAGUGACGGUACCUUGACACUGCUUGUACAUAACCAAUUUUCAUUACCGUCUCUUCUAACCUAUCCUUACUAUAAUAGAGAUCAUGUUGAAAGAAGCAUGGUGUGUAACUUUGAGUCUUGUUUCUGACUUUGUGAAUGCUCCUCCUUCUCAAGCAUGCGGUCUUCAGCAACUGCUUUAUUUUAAAUUUUUGUCCUUCGUUCA